AUGGGCUGUUUCAUCUGCGAUGCCUCGCCGAGUAAUGCGUUUGCAUGGGAUGAGCAGUCCAAGCCGGCAGCUUUCCAUAGCCGCAUCACACGGCCUCGGAAAGAACAUCCGGGCACCGAUAUCAUCUCAGUGACUGGGCUGCCCAAGGGCACAUAUUCAAGCACCAGACAAGGAUCUAGCACCAGGGAUGAAGCUCUGUACAUUAUGAGGCUGGAGCACAAGGCUGGUGCGUACUCCUUGCUCUUUCCGCCAACUGCCACGACGGUCGUGAGGCGAGAACUCAGAGCCCUGAGGUCCUUCAGGAUCAGCCGCCUUGCUCAUCAGAAAUGA